ACAGAGGGAGCAGGUGGACGGCCAGGCAGCCCCUUUCCACAGCCCUGCUCCAGCCCCAUGUGUCUGCCCUGGAGACUAUGGCUUGGUUACGCUGACUGCUGUCUUCUGAGGAACUGAUGUCUUUGUCUGGACACCCCACCAAUGGCUCUGAUCUCCUCUCCUGACCCUUCUGCCUCCAUCGCAGGACUCCCACCCUCACGACCAGGAGCGGGAACGCUUGCUGUCCCUUUGACAGCCUGUGCCAGCCACCCACCAGUCACUUCGGAGUAUUUUCCCAUCACGUAUCCCCAUCUUGCUGGAUGAUUAGCACCCUUGGUCUGUGGAAAUUCCCGUUGCUUCAUCUGUUGCUUUAUCUUGCUGGUCUUCAUCUAUCCAAGUCCUUAGCCACAUCCUACUCAUACUUUGCUCUCAGUUCAUCUCACCCUUCUAAAGGCUUAAAGAAGAGCAGAGAGAUUCACAUGGAGGUACGGGCUGGCUGAAGCUGUUCUUACCUGGGCUAUCUGGGAGCCAUGGGCCGCAGGCUCAUACGGGGUCUCUCCGGAGCUGCAGUCUUUCUGGUCAGUGUGACUCUCCUCUCUGUACGGCACCGUGGGGCUCAGGAAACCUCAGGGUACCCAGGGCUCAGGGAGCGGAUGCUGGAGAAUCCAGAGCGACGAACACACGAGGGCCCAGAGGAUUCCAAGGAAGGUGGUGGCACUGGGCAGAGGGACCUGCAAGUCCAUUCUCUGGACAAAUACAAGACUGAAGGGAACCUGACUCUUGGGGAUGUUUUUGUAGCUGUGAAGACCACCAAGAGAUUUCACCAGAGCAGGAUGGAGCUGCUCCUGGACACAUGGAUAUCCCGGGCAAGAGAGCAGACGUAUGUCUUCACAGAUGAAGAAGAUGAUGCCCUGAAGAGGAGAAUGGGUGACCAUGUGGUGUUCACCAACUGCUCUACUGAGCACAGCCACUCAGCUCUCUCCUGCAAGAUGGCUGCGGAGUUUGAUGCAUUCCUGUCCAGUGACCAGAGCUGGUUCUGCCAUUUGGACGAUGACAACUAUCUGAACCCUGAAGCCCUCCUGAAGCUCCUGUCCUCCUACUCUGCAAUGAAGGAUGUCUACGUUGGGAAACCCAGCCUGAACCGACCCAUUCGAGCCUCUGAAACACUACCUAACAACCAGAUGAAAUCUGUGCGCUUCUGGUUUGCCACAGGAGGAGCUGGGUUCUGCAUCAGUCGCAAGCUGGCAAGGAAGAUGAUGCCUUGGGCCAGUGGCAAGAACUUCCUGAGCACCUCAGAGCUCAUCCGUCUGCCAGAUGACUGCACCAUAGGUUACAUCAUUGAGUGCAAAGUUGGUGGGCAGCUGCUGCCCAAUAGGCUCUUCCACUCCCACCUGGAGAAUCUGCAGCUCAUCCCCACCUCUGACCUCAUGCAGCAGGUCACACUCAGCUAUGGUGUCUUUGAGAACAAGCUCAACGUUAUCAGACUCAGUGGUCCCUUCUCACCCCAGGAAGAUCCCUCAAGGUUUCGAUCUCUCCACUGCCAUCUCUAUCCUGAUACCCCCUGGUGCCUGCAGGCUGUUGGCUGGUGAUGCCCAAGCUACUGUGGGUCCUGGUGAUAUCCCUUCACCUUGUGCAUGUAGGGGAUGGGGCACUGAAGAAGCUUGGUGCUCCCAGCUUCCCCUUACCUAUGGUGGCCUUGGGGCUUUUUGGUCCUUGCUGAGUACUAGUGGUACAGGACAAGAGAGAUCUGUGACAAAGAUGGAUAACAUGGGCUGGACAUGUGGAUGGGCUUCCCAUCUGUGCUGGGACGCUUACAAGAGAUGGGAACAGCAUGCUUUUCUGAACAGAUUAAGGACUGGAUGGUGACUGCUGGGCAUGUGGGUGGAGAUGGGACCCACUGCUCCUUGUUGUAGUUUCACUGCAUUGAAUUAGAAGGGUGCUGGAUCAGGGUAUGCAGUGCCAGACUGAGCGUCGCUGAAAGUGUGCCUUGGCUUCAGCCUCUCUGAGGCUUCUUUCUCUGUAUGUGCCUGGGCUUUUCCCAUUUUCCACUGUUCCCAGCUGCAGCCCUUUGGCUGAGUCUCUGCCUCGUUAAACUCUGAUUCUACUCUCCCUUCAGAAAUGGAAAAUGUGAUCAUUUCUGUGCUGAAUGAGCACUGAAAAAACACAGCUCUUGGCCAUCAGAGGGGAGGUGGGCAAGAAAUGUAAGAAAUCAAGAAUCACUCCUUGGAUGGGACAAGGGAGAGAGUAUGAAGUACAGAGCACGGGAGGGGAGAAGGGGAUGAGAAUGUUUCCUGCUCUGAACACCGAAGGCUUGAUCUUGUAUGGCCCUGCAUUAUUCCUCUCUUUUUACCUUCUUGAUAUGGGGUCAGGAUAAUCUUUUGCUCUAAUUAUCAACCUGUCGUCUGAGAUUAGACUCCAACUCCUACCUGUGAGAGAGGAGACAUAAAGGAUUAGAACUGGCUGAAAGAGAGGAGAAAGGAAGAGAUGGAGAAGGAGUGCUCGGGAGCGGAUUAGAGGUUACAGCUUUAUAAUCUUCUCUGUGCCCUGACCAGAAAAAAUUAAGUCAUGAAGGAAUGGAAACUGCAGGGCAAAGAGCUUUUUAUCUCUGCAUUUCUUUCCUCCAGAUGCUAAGAGCAGCUUUCUGCCUUCCUGCUGUCCCUGCUAAAGACAACAGGGAGAAGGAGCCAGCCCAAAUAGGCUACAGGCUUUCUGGCAUGUUUAUGGAUAACCCCUUUCUCAGCACAGAUCCUGCCAUGAAAGCUAGGCACUUCCACUCAAUGGGGAAUGAACUUUGGCACCAUUUUGUGCUUGUACACUUGAAUAAAUGGCUGGAGGAGAGUGAUGCAGGGAAAGCUGGAAGGCAAAGGGGCUGUUUUACAUGGCAGGCAGCACCACAAUCAGGUAUUUCUCUUUAAAGAGUGCUUCAAAACAGACUGCUGGAAUCAGAGAGAUUCCUGUAAUCUCUGGUUGAAGGCACACGUGCCCUUUCUCCAAAGAGCCGCUCAGCUUUGCUGCUGCUGAUCUGACUAAGCCUGCUGCUGGUGGGCUGGCAGAGCCAAGGGGGACUAUUGCCAUGCCUCUACCAUACUGGAAGCUGGUCACCCUGUUUCCCCAUCCCACCUCACACCUCAGCCACCAGCGUCUCCCGCACAGCUUGCAUGAGGCUUAAAGAAAAGGCAUCAGAAAGCCCUACCUCAUCAAAGAGGGACCUAGAAAUGAACGAGCACUUUAAUUACCAAUGAAGAAGAAAGAGGGGGGCCUGUGGAGCUGCUUUCCAGCCUGGUCGUUCUUGUGAGCUUUAGGCAGCUUGUGAAGCAGCCAAGAACCCCGCUUUCUUCUCUUGCACAAAAUGUCUUUAAACUGGAAAUUCAUGCUGAGCAGUGGCAGGAACUACGUAAUGGCAUUGACCAUUCCGGGCGAAUGUGAGACAUGGAGCUCAAAAUAGAGACAACCCAGGUAUCAGACAAUCAGUGCAGCGUAAAAAAAAGUUCUGCCCAAAGGGCAAAUGGUUUUGUUUGAACUUAACGAGAAGAUGAAAAAUGCUUCCACGAGAAGAAAUAAAGGGAGCUGAUAUACAGGAGGCAGACCAACUUUUUUACAUGAUCUGAUAGUGUUAGGACAAGGGGGAAUGGUUUUAAGAUAAAAGAGGGGAGAUUUAGGUUAGAUGUUAGGUGGAAAUUCAUUACUCAGAGGGCGGUGAGGCACUGGCACAGCUGCCCAGGGAAGCUGUGGUGCCCCAUCCCCCAAGGUGCUCAAGGCCAGGUUGGAUGGGGCCCUGAGCAGCCUGAGCUGGUGGGGAGCAGCCCUGCCCACAGCAGGGAGUGGGACUGGGUGGGCUUUGAGGUCCCAUCCAACCCAACCAUUCUGUGAUUUUGUGAAUCUACACUACCUGGAUAUUUUCUUUUAUCCUCAUUCAACUUACAGCUAUGUUGUUAAAUAAGUCUUGUAGUGAAAAUGCUAGUUCUAUCUGUAGAUGUUCCAAUGUCAGCCAAAGCAUGAUGUGAUUUGUGUGCCUGAGAAGAAGAGGCUGGUACAGCAGACUCACUUCCCUGUGAAGAACCUGGAAGCUUUUGUUGGGUCCUGGCCUCAGCUGUUCUGAAUUGGUGCAGUGCUUUCAGUAUGGCUGUUCAAUGGUUUGGGUCCUUGAGUGGCUGCAUGGGGAUCAUUUAAGAUGAGGCUUUGAUACAGGAGCAGUGCCACUUCUGUGGAAAACAUCCUCUCGCAUAAGAAAACAGAGAAGAAAUGAGAUGUCUGGGCAGGGCAUCUCUUGGGCUGUAGAGAAAUGAAUGACAGAAAGGUCCUGAUAUGCCUGUGACAGCAAUGCACUGGGAAGAAAAUUGCUUUUCUGAGUCAACAUAAGAAACCAAGGCUUCUCCAAGAACAGAGAAACAGCUUAAGGGGACAUUCUCCUCUUGAAAUCUGAUCAGUGUUAAAACCUGAGUUAAAAUUAGUUUCAGGAAUGGUUCCUGCCCCUGAGGCUUGCUGUUAGAUGUUGUGGUUUUACAGUCUCAUUUUCCUAGUUUAUUAAAAUGUUUAGCUGCUUGGGAAAAUGAGAAACAAUCUCAUGUGAAACUUUUCAUGGGCUGAUCUUUUUUUUUUUUUUUAAUUCUCCUUCAUGAUUUUCUGAUGUAACAGAUUGUAACAGUCAAAGUUUUUUUGGAAGGGUUCCAUUGGGUCUAUUAAAAUGUUGUGUUUUUCUUUC